AUGGUACGUUCCGCACGUGAGCUGGGUGCUGGUCUGGCCGGCGACGCGCGUGCCCUGUGGCCAAACACUGCCUGGAGUGAGAGCAAACUACCAGCGCAGUGGGGCCGGCGCGAGUGUGCGUGUGUGCGCGCGCCUGUGUGUGUGUGCGAGAGAGCGAGCGAGCGCGGUGGAGGGGGGGAACCAACUGCUUCACACUUUCAACACUGCACUGAAGAGGGAGACGAAAGAGAGACUGGAGACGCACAGAUUCCCCCAAGAUCUCCCAAGCCUACCGUCCCACAGAUUAUAGAACAGAGCCCCAAAAAGCGAAACAGAGGAAACGGACAGCGGCUGAACAUGGACGAAGGAAUUCCUCAUUUGCAAGAGAGACAGUUACUGGAACAUAGAGAUUUUAUAGGACUGGACUAUUCCUCUUUAUAUAUGUGUAAGCCCAAAAGGAGCAUGAAGCGAGACGACAGCAAGGAUACCUACAAAUUACCGCACAGAUUAAUAGAAAAGAAAAGAAGAGACCGAAUUAAUGAAUGCAUUGCUCAGCUGAAAGAUUUACUGCCUGAACAUCUGAAAUUGACAACUCUGGGGCAUCUGGAGAAAGCUGUAGUUCUGGAAUUAACUUUGAAACACUUAAAAGCUUUAACCGCCUUAACCGAGCAGCAGCAUCAGAAGAUAAUUGCUUUACAGAAUGGGGAGCGAUCUCUGAAAUCGCCCAUUCAGGCCGACUUAGAUGCGUUCCACUCGGGAUUUCAAACAUGCGCCAAAGAAGUCUUGCAAUACCUCUCCCGGUUUGAGAGCUGGACACCCAGGGAGCCGCGGUGUGUCCAGCUGAUCAACCACUUGCACGCCGUGGCCACCCAGUUCUUGCCCACCCCGCAGCUGUUGACUCAACAGGUCCCUCUGAGCAAAGGCGCCAGCGCUCCCUCGGCGGCCCCCACUGGGUCCGCGGCCGCCCCCUGCCUGGAGCGCGCCGGGCAGAAGCUGGAGCCCCUGGCCCACUGCGUGCCGGUCAUCCAGCGGACUCAGCCCAGCACCGAGCUCGCCGCCGAGAACGACACGGUGGCGCCACCUGGGGCGCUGCACACCCCGCACCCGCACGGCCGCACCCACCUGCCCUUCGCCGGCCCCCGCGAGCCGGGGAACCCGGAGAGCUCCGCUCAGGAAGAUCCCUCGCAGCCAGGAAAGGAAGCUCCCUAAGUCUUAGAAAGGAUGGAGGUUCCAGCCGAAUGACGAGUGAAAACACCCUUCACGUUUCUAAGGGAGGAAGUGUAAUAGAUGCACGACAGGCAUAUAAAAACAGGUGUUUUGUGUACAUUUGGAGUUCCUGUUUUGCUCAUCCCUCACCACCCCACCCUGCACACACUAACAUCCCUUUCCUUCCCCCACCAGCUGUAAAAGCUCCUCUGCAAUAGAUACUGGUUCUUUUUUCUUUAAAGAAUCCUCAAAAUAAGUUUCGCCUCCUUUCAGGCCAUGUUACCUUUUAAACUGCGAGACCUAAUUCUAGAGAAGGUAAGAAGGGUCUGCUCUGUGGGUGAGCUGAUUGAACCCCAGGGUAGGGGGAAAGGUGCUGACAGCUUGGACAUCUUUGACUGGCGUCAACGUGGGACAGCAGCUAGCUGGUACAGUAGCGCUGCUUCUCCCAGUUGCCCUGCCUGUUUUAACAGGUUUACCACAGACAGACUGAGGAUCUUUUAGAAUUAAAUUUACUCUUCAGUAUUUUAUAAAAUUCAACUUUUUGAAAGGCUUGUAUUUUUCAAAGAAGCGAGGAUGCAGUUGCUCACGUUGCAAUCUAUUCUGAAGUGGUUUGAAUGGUAUCUCUUAGUAACUUGCACUUGUUUAAAGAGACAUGGAGUUGGGCCAUGGUCCGAAAUCAGGGAAGGAGAUGGAUGAGAAAGGCCGGAACCAUUCUUAGUACAUUUGCUAGCACUUUAUUGAGAAAUUGACUAUAAAUCGAGGUAUCUUUAUUUCUUAGUCCAUAUAUGUGUAUAUAUAUAUAUACAUAUAUCUCUCAAGUGCAUCUAUUCCCACUCUCGUUAAUCCAUCAUUUUUGUAAUCUUAACUGUUUUUUAAAAAGUGCACUGAACUUAAAACAAGUCCAAACUGAUUUUGUCGUAUAUUCUUGUUCAAUGGCAAAAGUGGAGGAAAGCAUUUAACCGGUCAGUUGUGCUCGGAAAUGCAGUCUAGAUGUGGAAUGAAGCCCUGGGAGGCCUUCUUAUCUCCAAGUCUAUGUAUUUUCUGGAGACCAAACCAGAUACCAGAUAAUCACAAAGAAAGCUUUUUUUAAUAAGGCUUAAACCAAGACCUUGUCUAGAUAUUUUUAGUUUGUUGCCAAGGUAGCACUGUGAGAACUCUCACUUGAAUGUUAUGUAAGGGGUGAGACACAACAGUCUGACUAUGAGUGAGGAAAAUAUCUGGGUCUUUUAGUCAGUUUGGUGCAUUUGCUGCUGCUGUUGCUACUGUUUGCCUCAAACGCUGUGUUUAAACAACGUUAAAACUCUUAGCCUACAAAUUGGCUCUUAUGUAUAUAGUUGUUAAUAUAUCCAAUUAAUGAUGUCUGACAUGCUAUUUUUGUAGGGAGAAAAUAAUGUGCUAAUGAUAUUUUGAGUUAAAAUAUCUUUGGGGGAGGAUUUGCUGAAAAGUUGCACUUUUGUUACAAUGCUUAUGCUUGGUACAAGCUUAUGCUGUCUUAAAUUAUUAAAAAUAAAUAAAUGCUGUCUGCCAGAAACCAGCUGGUUUAGAAAAGUUUAGUAUGUGAAGACAAACUAGAAGUUAUCUUUAUAUUCUAGUAUUUUCAGCACUCCAUAAAUUCUAUUACGUAAAUAUUGCCACACUAUUUUGUGAUUUAAAAAUUCUUACUAAGGAAUAAAAACUUUAAUAUUCGAUA